AUGGUAAAAGAUGUUUCCAUUGUGACAAGUAAAGCUGUACUAUUAGUCAACAAGUGUAACAAAAGUUUAGAAGUUACUGAAGAUUAUGAUUUGGAUAUGAUAAUUAAUGAAAUUGACAACAAUGUGAAUAGAGCAUGGUUUAGUUUGACGGAUGUAAAAAAUCCAAUAGAAAAUUGUUUUAACACCACUGAAGAAAAUGGACAUGUAUAUUUCUCUGGAAUGCUAAACUUUGAUAAUGAUCUUAUUAAUAAUAUAUCAAGUGAAAAUCAAGAAAGUAAUAAAGAGAUUAUAUGCCAAAAUAUAGCUGAAUCACUUCUUAUGUCUAUUGAAGCUCGCAUUACUAUUGAGAAAUAA